CUUUACUGUUUGCAGACCCCUUUCUCAUUCAUCAUUCCAACCUCCCACCCGCCACAAGGUGUGAGUCUUUCGUGCCCUCUGACGAAUGCCAACACUAAGGCCGGAUCCGGCGAUGAGUGGGCUCCGCGCCUGCGCAUGGGAAGCACGGUCCAAAGCCUGGGCUCGCGGGCGGGGUGCGGCGCCCAGCCGCUCACAGGUGCGUAAAUCCGCGGGGGAAUCCUCGGCUCCACCUGGGCGCGGCGAGGAAAUUGCACCAUGUAUGGGCAACUACGUCAGAAGGGGCUGACCCGCCGCUGUCCUGGGGGACUCCAGGUCCGUCCCUUUCCCCACGACAAGGCGGUCACUGGACUGUAGGAGGCGUAGACAAAUUCAGUGCGGAUUGGCAAAAGGCGGAGCGUCUGGGGAGGUGGAGCCCUGAGGUGUCCAGCGCCGUUGAAAAUCGCCCGCUCCCCCCUCCCAAUCGAAGUGGUUCAGCCCGAGAACUUUUCAUUCAUAAAAAGAAAAGACUCCGCGAGGAGCAAGUGAGUCAGAACCGAAGCCGGCGACGCGGACCCCACGAAGCAGCCAGCCAGGGCAUGUUCCGAGACUUCGGGGAACCCGGACCGAGCUCCGGGGCCGGCGGUGCGUACGGCGGCCCGGCGCAGCCCCCCACUUCAGGCCAGCAGAAGUUCCACCUCGUGCCAAGUGUCCAUGCUGUGAGUGGCAGCCAGGAGCUGCAGUGGAUGGUGCAGCCUCACUUCCUCGGACCCAGCAGCUACCCCAGGCCUCUGGCCUACCCCCCGUACAGCCCCCCACAGCCCCGGCCAGGAGUCAUCCGGGCCCUAGGGCCACCUCCAGGGGUGCGACGCCGGCCCUGUGAACAGAUCAGCCCGGAGGAGGAGGAGCGCCGUCGAGUGAGGCGCGAGCGCAAUAAGCUGGCGGCGGCCAAGUGCAGGAAUCGGAGGAAGGAACUGACCGACUUCCUGCAGGCGGAGACCGAUAAACUGGAGGACGAGAAGUCCGGUCUGCAGCGAGAGAUUGAGGAGCUGCAGAAGCAGAAGGAGCGCCUGGAGCUGGUGCUCGAAGCCCACCGCCCUAUCUGCAAAAUCCCGGAAGGGGCCACGGAGUGCGACACUGGCGGCGCGGGCGGUACCGGCGGCACCAGCAGCCCCCCAGCACCUUCCCGCCCUGUACCUUGUAUCUCUCUUUCCUCGGGGCCCGUGCUUGAACCCGAAGCAUUGCACACCCCCACGCUCAUGACCACACCCUCCCUGACUCCUUUCACCCCUAGUCCGGUCUUCACCUACCCCAGCACCCCUGAGCCCUGCGCCUCAGCCCAUCGCAGGAGUAGCAGCAGCAGCGGGGACCCAUCCUCUGACCCUCUGGGCUCCCCCACCCUCCUUGCCUUAUGAGGCACCCCAGCCCCCUACUGGCGGGUGCCACUCUAGCCAAUGUCUCCCCACCCACUGGUCCAGCUGGUCUGGACUGUAUCCCAUGCCCAUCCCAGCAGGCUCUUCCCCAUCCCUCCAGAUGACACUGGGCAUAUUCCAGGUCCUCGGAGAGUCAGCUUGGGGCCACCAAAGCUACCCACUGUUUUUCCAGAGCUGGCUUCUCUAGCAGAAUUUGCACUAAAUCGGAAACAAAAUAUUUCCCAUUUGUGCGAGGGAACUCCUGGCAACCAAAAAGGACUUUGUAGAGCCCUCGAGGUCCUCUAGAGCCCCCAAGCCCUUCCAGACAACACCUACAGUCUUCAUCGCCCUCUUCCUCUAGUCCACCCAAUCCUGCUCUUGACAGGUGAUACUCUACCAGCCUAGAACACUAAAGAACUCAUCCAGCCCCACACUGCCAGCA